GCGAAGGCAACGAGCGAGCGAAGCAGGCGCGAGUGCGCCAUCCCACGCCACCUCGCCUCCGCUCGCCCCGGCUGCUGCCUCGCCUCCAGGGCCGGCUGGAGACCAGGAAGGAGGAGGAGGAGGAGGAGGAGGAGGACGGACCGGCAGCAGCGGCAGCAGCAGCAGCCGAGGGGCCGGGCCGGAGCGGGUCGGCUGGUGGCGUCGUCGGAGUCGGGCGGCUGCGCUGCGCCCUCCCCUAUUGUCUCCGCUCCGGCUCGGGACUGGCUCGGGCGGCCGUCGGCGCGGCAGCACAGCGGGCUCGCGGCGCCAUGGUGGCUCGGAGCACAGACAGCAUUGAUGCAACAGGCGAGGGACAAGUCCGUACUUUGGGAAAUGCCACCAGUAACCUCAAGGGAAAACCAAUCAAGAGGCUUUCCAUCACACGUGGCCAUUUUCCCAAGCUGACCGAAUGUGCCCAUUUCCACUAUGAGGCCGUGGACUUCGGACACAUCCAGCUUCAGUUUGCCCCUGAUCAAAAUGAAAACCUCAACAAUUUGGAAGAGGGCAGCCUUUUAUUCCCUGUUCAGGUUACCUGUCAGGGGAAAAGCUGGCAGGUGCAUCGCAGCUAUGAGGAAUUCCGCACCUUGGAUGCUCACCUGCAUUGCUGUAUCUUUGACCGGCGUUUCUCUCAGCUCCCUGAAUUGCCACCCCUCAGUCAGGUGCAAGCUCAUCCCGAGCUCCUGGUUCCCAUGCUUUCCCAGUACCUCGAGAAGCUCUCUGCUAUCGUGGAUAGCAAUAUCAAUUGCAGCCCAGUUCUCACCUGGAUGGAGAUUGACAAUCAUGGCAACCGACUCUUGGUCAAUGAAGAAGCUUCCAUCAAUGUUCCUGCCAUUGCAGCUGCUCAUGUGGUUAAACGUUACACGGCACAGGCCUGUGAUGAGCUCUCUUUCGAGGUUGGAGACAUCAUUUCCGUGAUUGACAUGCCCCCCAAAGAGGACAGGAGCUGGUGGCGUGGGAAGCAUGCGUUCCAGGUGGGUUUCUUUCCCAGCGAAUGUGUGGAACUGUUCUCAGAACGCCCUAGUCCAGGAGUCAAACCAGAUGCAGAGGGGACAAGCUGUGUCCUCCCCAGGACUCCCGGCCUCCUGUCCCCAACCUCAGUGUCUAAGAAACAUGGCAAGCUCAUUGGGUUCCUUCGUACGUUUAUGAAGUCUAGGCCCAGCAAACAGCGCCUGAAGCAGCGGGGGAUCCUCAGGGAGAGGGUUUUUGGCUGUGAUUUAGGAGAACACCUCAAAAACUCAGGCAGUGAUGUCCCCCAGGUAUUACGUUCUUGUUCUGAUUUCAUUGAAAAACAUGGCAUCGUGGAUGGCAUUUACCGCCUCUCCGGAGUCUCCUCCAACAUCCAGCGUUUGCGGCAUGAAUUUGAUAGCGAGCGGGUACCUGAGCUCUCCAAAGAUGUUUACUUGCAAGACAUCCAUUCGGUCAGCUCUCUCUGCAAGCUCUACUUCCGGGAAUUACCAAACCCUCUGCUCACCUAUCAGCUCUACAACAAAUUUGCGGAGGCUGUCUCAGUUUCUGGCAGCGAAGAGCGCUUAGUGAGAGUACAUGAUGUGAUCCAGCAAUUGCCCCCACCGCACUACCGGACUCUGGAAUUCCUGCUACGGCAUCUGGCACGCAUGGCUAUGCACAGUCAAAACACCAGCAUGCACAUCCGCAACUUAGCCAUCGUUUGGGCACCCAACCUGCUGCGGUCGAUGGCUCUGGAGUCCGUCGCCCAGUGUGGAGCCGAUGCCUUUCAGGAAGUCCGAGUUCAGUCCCUUGUGGUUGAAUUCCUCCUCACCAACGUUCAGGUUCUCUUCAGUGACACCUUCACCUCCAUCGGCAAGGACAGCACAGGGCGGUGCUUCCUUUCUCGGCCCAAAUCCCAGUUGGUCAGCUGCCCUUCCACCCGCUUGUUAUCUCUCGAAGAAGCACAAGCACGCACCCAGGCCCUCUGUAAGAUCACCAAGCUGGAAGCCAGACGUGGAUCUCCAGAUCCACAGGAUCAAGGGAAGCUCUCUGCUGUUUUGGGAUCACCUAAUACCAGGCAAAAGACAGAAAACAAUGGGAAGCUGCGGAAAACAUCUGGACCAAGUUGGAAGACGUUCUUUGCCAUCGGCAAGGCCCCCGUCCCGUUCCGCAAAAAAUCACAUCGUUUGGGAGAGCUUUUUGGACUUGGAGAAUCUUUACCAGGGACCCGUGGUGAGACGGUCACCUUGAGAUCCGCCAAAAGUGAAGAAUCUCUAACCUCUCAGGCUAGUCUAACAGGUCUCCCCAAGUUGCCUUCCCUGAGACGUCCACAUUCCAGCAGUGAUGCUUUCCCUACCCUCAAACAAUGCCAUUCGUGUUCUUCUCUGGGUUCUUCUGUGUCCGGCCAUGGUGAAGGCUUGGUCACUGGGGCAGACGACGUGGCCUCCCGUCGGCGUUCCUCUUGGCUGGAAGGUGACUCGGAGCUGGACUCGGAGUUGGAAUUAAGUCCUCCUGGACUUCGUGGGCUGGACUUUGAUCCGCUAACGUACCAGUGUAGCCCGCCUGUGCAGCAGCCCUCCCUCUCGGACGACUCCGGCUCAGCGAGUCCCGUUGCAGCGCUCUCCCCCUGUUCACAUCCCAACGUCAGCCAAGAUGCAUCAGAAACGUUGUCUGUUUCCUUGCCCGACAAAGUGCUGGAAAUGUUUGCUGGUGGGGAAUCCAGAGGGCUGAGCUCCCCUCCUCAUAUGAUCUCCAUGCUCCUGAGCACAGCAAGUGGACAACUCAGCAGCUCUUGUGAACGGGAAGUCCGUGGCAAGAUUGCUCAAGCCCAAGAUCGUUUGUCUCCUCCCAGUCCGAAGUCUGAAGCCGCUCCCGUGUCUCCCGGUGCAUUGUCCCUGCUGCGGCAUAUCCCGCCUCCUCCUCCACCCAAGAACCCGGCUCGCCUGAUGGCGCUGGCGCUGGCUGAGAGUGCGCACCAGGCAGCCUUGCAGCAAAAGCGACAGGCCAGCCUGAAGCAGCGGGAACCCCGGACGCAUUUCCGGCGCUCUCUGUCGCUGGAGUGCAAGGCAGGGGAGCUGACGAGCGGCGCACAAGCGCUCUACUCCAUGGUGCGCCCGAGCCCCAAGGCGCCUGGCCUCUCCCCUCUCCAGGCGCAGGCCAGGGGCAGGAGCAUCGGCAGUCAAAGCCGCAACUUGAAGGGAGGCAGCCAGGUGCCUCUCAGCCAAUCUUCUCCCUUGUGUAGCUCGGAUUCCUUUUCCUCUUACAGGAGGGUCCUCGCUGAGCUAGACCAGAGGGACCCUCAGGCACUUCCUUUCUCGGACCCCUACUAUCUGUCCUCCCCGUCUCCCGCCUACGGUUUACAUCCCCCACCCCUGUCGGUCCCCUAUCCAGCUUUCCACCAGCUUCAAGACGCCUUCCCUUCGUCCAGCCCCUCGGCUGCCCCGCCUAAACCUCCGCCCCCUCCCCACUUUCCCCUAAUGACCAGUCAUUUGCCCCUCAAAACGAGGUCCUCCACUUUUCAGCCCUGCCCCACGGACCACCCUCUCCGGCAUCACAGCCACUUCUCGGCCUCCUCUCGACUGGGGGUCAAUGGGAGCCCCCCUUCUCAGUUGGAGCACGAGAACCUCUAUUACGAGAUUGUGGGGGAGCCUCCUGCCUAUCCCGGCCUGGCACGCCCCUGGCCCUCUUGUCCGCCCCCCGAGUAUCUGGCCACUUUCAACGCCUCCUACGGGGUCUUUGAGAGGCCCUGGCGCCAGACCCAUCUCCCCCCGGCUGCCUCCUCUCUUCAGCCCAUCUUAAAGAAUUCCCAGCUGCAGAUCCAGUCGAUGCCGCCCGCGGUCACACGCCAGGAGCCCAUCUACGUCAACGUGCCCUUCCCCGAGCCCUCGUUGGCCAGCCCCACGCCGUCCCCUCCCCCUGAAGCAUCCCAUUCCCGUAGCCAUUCUGACCCGGGCGCUCCUCAGGCUUUGCUCCAGCCCAGCAGACCUCCCCUGCCUCAGAAGCAGAAGCUGGCCUGGGGUUACACGCCCUCGGGGCAACACCGCCAACUGAUGGACGUUUUGCCUUGCAGUCGCGCCUUGUGGCAGUUCUACCGCCCGCCCUCUGCGUGUUGGGGUCAUCCCUCUUACGGUCCGGAACCCAUUAUUACCUACGACGGGCCCACCCCCCGCGUGGGGAGCCAGGCCUCUGCACCUUUGCAGAAGCUGGAUGAAUCUUCCCCACAGUACGGCAAUGUGGAAAGGAGAGAGGGCUCUCCAUCCGGGUGCUACCUCGGACCCAGCUGGACAGUGUAUGCUGAGGGCCAGACGCACAGCUACUGCUGAAGGACAGGCGGUGUGACCAGAUGCACAGUGUGGAUCCUCGGGGCUGGGCUCCAGGUUUCUGUCCUCUCCUCUUCCUUGCCAGUAUUCAUGGAAUUACACGGUACGGAUUGCUGUGAACAAAAAAUUAAAGAUUUCAGAAGGAUCUAUCCUACUAGGUUAAUGCAGAGGUCGCAUCUUCGGCUCCCGCGUCGGGCAAUUUUUGCCUGCCUCAUUUGGAGGACCUCUGCAAGGUUUGGAGAGCACACGAAUCUUUCAAGGCAGGUCCUAUCCCUGCAGGAGGUUUUCUCCAGAAAAUCAGCAUGGACAUCACACCGAAGAACAUUCGACAGCGUCAUUUCAGCCUUUGGGGCUCCGUAACACUCCUGCCAGUUCCAUUUGUGUGUCUCAUCUUCCUGUUUCGGGUCCGCCCUGUGUUGCUUUGUUCCACCUUGCCCUCUUUCCAUCCAGGGACAUCUAACCUCAGAGGAAAGUGUUUGCUUCCAAUGGGAUGACUGCAGCUGAUUCCUUCCAGGUGACAUCAUCUCGACCGUUUUGGCAACGUGAAUCACACAAUAGGAUGCUUGGAAAUCCAGCCAGGGUUGCUAACCGUGCACCGAACUGACACAAGGAGGCGCUGUUGACCGUGUUUUGCUCACCGCUGGGGAAGACUGCAGGCGUUGGAGGGGAGAGAGAGAGAGAGAGUCAGCCGUUAACAGCUACCCGAGCCCGUCUUCCUCUUCUCUUCCAGCAUUCAAACCAAAAUAGUCCUAACUUGUAAUAAGCAUCCCCUUUAACUCAAUUAAAAUAUUAACCACUUUCCCCUGCUGGUUUUCCCAGAGAUUAAGCCAAUUCCCGGAAGAAAGCCAUCCCCUUCGCUGGGACAUUGAUGUCCAAGGAUAUGUCUAAGAUGCCACCAAGGAAGGCAGUUGGGCACGCUCGCCACCUCCUCUUGCAAGAGCCUACGCCCCUUGGGAGUUUGCAGCUUAGGCAGAGUGGCAGGUUGAGAAAAAAGCCAGGGGGAGCAUGUUGGUCUCGUGCGUUUCUGUAUUUAUUUAGGAUUUCGGAAUGGGUGUGUGUGUGUGUGUUUUACAAAAGGACCAGGGAGGGGCGGGUUGGUGGGGAAGAAAGAAGAUGCAUACAGUACGUGCCUAGCAUGGGAGGGCUCUGUGUGACUGAGCUGCAGGCUUUGAGGUGUGCUUGAGAGCGGGAUUCACGUCUAGUUGAUAUGUACAUUCAUGUCUGGAGUUGGCGCAUGUGUGAGUGUGUCUGUGAAAGUGGUUAUGCAUGUUCCACAAGACAGUAUUUUAGAUAUAAGGGGAAGGAGGAAGGGAGAGGGGCCUUUAUGCCUUUCUUCCUCUGAAGCAGUUGUUGGGGACCAGAUGGGGUGGAGUUUCUCAACUUUGAUGAUUUUAAGAUAGGAGCAAUAGCCCUUAGGCUUAUAUACCGCUUCACAGUGCUUUACAACCCUCUCUAAGUGGUUUACAGAGUCAGCCUAUU